AUGGCCGAACCAGGAAAACAUGAAAUUUUUAAAUGGCUCCAAAACAACUAUCAAGGAGGAUACAAAUUUGAUAUGCGUGUACCAGGCCGUUACAACAAUCAAGCAGGUAUGCAAAGAUCAAUGAAGAUCGGACCACAAACCAAGAUUAGAGUAUGGGAACCAGCAGGUGGCAAGAUCUGGGAAAAGGGAACUGGUAGUUAUCCAGAGGUUGAAAUCCCAAAUGGAUCGAUUACUCAAGCCCUUGACAAUGCUUUCAAGUUCUCGAUUGAUAUCCGUUUCAGACACACUGUUGCCGGUAAACCAGAAGACAACUUUGACUUGACCAUCAAACCAUUGCAGUUUGAAAACACCGUCGUUCCAUCUGGUGGUGACUAUGUUGGUGUCCAAAUCCCACAACUCAACCCUCCUGAUUCGUUGAUCGUCUCUCAAAUCUCGGUUCGUGAGAAGCCAUGGCCACACCAAAUCGUUGCCAACGGUUCCGUCUACUUUAAGUACAACCCAUCCACUGAAGACAUUACCUUUGAGAAAACUGAAGGAUUUCCAACUAACAUGGAUAUUGUAAAAGAUGAUAUUUGGGGUUUCACCAUUACACUCAAAUCAGUUGCUUAA